GCUGAGCACGUGCCCCCGUACGACGUGGUCCCCUCCAUGAGGCCCAUCAUCCUGGUGGGGCCCUCGCUGAAGGGCUAUGAGGUCACGGACAUGAUGCAGAAAGCCCUCUUCGACUUCUUGAAGCAUCGCUUUGAUGGCAGGAUCUCCAUCACGCGGGUGACUGCUGACAUCUCCCUGGCCAAGCGCUCGGUGCUCAACAACCCCAGCAAACACACCAUCAUCGAGCGCUCCAGCACGCGCUCCAGCCUGGCUGAGGUCCAGAGUGAGACCGAGCGCAUCUUCGAGCUGGCCCGGACGCUGCAGCUGGUGGCCUUGGACGCUGACACCAUCAACCACCCGGCCCAGCUGGCCAAGACCUCCUUGGCCCCCAUCAUCGUCUACAUCAAAAUCACCUCCCCCAAG